AUGUCCAAAUGCCUGAGCCUGGAGCCUCAGAGACCAUUAUCCCACCUUGGCUACACUGCCAAGAUGAAGAUCCUGGCGGGCGUUCAUUGCGCGGCAACCAUAUGGUGUUCCAGCUUUCAGGGUGGGCGGGAAACGUUUCUAGAUGGUGAUGUUUCUUGCAUGAACCCUCAACGGCCAUCUUGUCCUAAAUUAAACAAUGCAGCUGGAUGCACAUCCCUUGCCAACAUCACCACAAAUAGCAACUGCGGUGGCCAGGAAUCCUUGCCUUGA